AUGUAUGCUGUGACUGGUAGUGAUGAGGAUGACUGUUACCGGUGUUUCCCGCCCGACCCGGGCAUUGGUACUACCGCGUCAGGUACUAGUGAGGCUGCUGCUCUAGGUGCCAGUGCGUCUGUGCUCUCAGGUGCUGGUGAGUCUGCCCUCUCAGGUACUGUGUCGGCUUCGGCCUCUCACACCUUCACCUUUGACUCUGGAGCGUCUCGCUCCUUCUUUAGGGACCGCACCACUCUCACGCCGCUGAGUCGGCCGGUUGCGGUGUCCCUGGCUGACCCCUCUGGGGGGCCUGUCCUGUCUCGCUUCUCCACUGUCCUCCCGUGUCCGGCGGCCCCCUCUGGCACCCUGACUGGUCUCUACCUCCCCUCGUUCUCGACGAACUUGGUGAGUGGUGCUGACCUCCAGGAUGCGGGUGUCCACCAGUUCACCCCUGCUCGUCAGCGGGUGACCCACUGCACGGAGGCGGAUACAGGUCGCCACCUGGCUACGUUUACACGUCGACCAGGGUCGAGCCUGUACACACUGACCACUGCUUCUCCUCCAGGUGCUACGUCUGGUAGGGUCCCUUCGUCUGGUCAGGUGUUUGCUGCAGCGUCCAGGUCUGGUCCUGAGUCUGCCCCCUGCUCGUGUCGUCGUCUGUCUCACGAGACCCUCCUCUGGCACCACCGCCUUGGCCACCCCUCUCUGCUUCAGCUCAGAGGCAUGGCCUCGCGAGUCCUUGUGUCUGGUCUUCCCAGGUCUCUCCCUCCCCUUCCUCCGGGCCCUGGCCCUACCUGUGUCCCCUGUGUCGAGGGGCGCCAGCGUGCUGCCCCUCACUCCUCCCAGUUUCCUCCGACAGAGGCCCCGUUGCAGACGCUUCACAUGGACGUGUGGGGCCCAGCCCGCGUCCGUGGACAGGGUCAGGAGCGCUACUUCCUGCUGGUGGUUGACGACUACUCGCGUUACACCACAGUCUUCCCCUUGCGCAGCAAGGGUGAGGUCACUGAGACCUUCACGCUUCCGGACUCACCACAGCAGAAUGGGAUUGCUGAGCGCCGCAUUGGCAUGGUCAUGGACGUCGCUCGUACGUCCAUGAUGCAUGCGGCUGCUCCCCAUUUUCUGUGGCCGUUUGCGGUCAGGUACGCUGCGCACCAGAUCAACCUCCACCCAAGGGUCUCUCGACCGGAGACCUCCCCAGCCCUGCUGUGGACGGGGAAGGUUGGCGAUGCGUCGGCGUUCCGGGUCUGGGGAUCUCGGGCGUUUGUUCGCGACCUGUCUGCGGACAAGCUGUCCCCUCGUGCUUCUCCCUGCGUCUUCCUGGGGUUCCCCCCCGACGCCCCUGGGUGGCAGUUUUACCACCCCACCUCUCGACGUGUUCUGUCCUCCCAGGACGUCACGUUCGACGAGUCGGUACCCUACUACCGCCUCUUCCCCUACCGCACUCCGUCCCUCCCCCCACCCCCGCUCUUCUUGGUACCAGGUCCCCCCCCGGUAGUCCCCCUCCCCCCUCAGGGUCCUGCCCCUUCAGGUGUGUCCCAGGUAGACGCGGUCGAGCCUGUCGAGGUCACUGGUGACUCUGGUGCUGCUGCGGGAGCUGAGCCUGGGGGUGCGGAGUCUGGGGGUGCUGAGCCUGGGGGUGCUGAGCCUGGGGGUGCUGAGCCUGGAGGUGCCGAGCCUGGGGGUGCUGUGCCUGGGGGUGCUGUGCCUAGGGGUGCUGAGCCUGGGGGUGCUGCGCCUGGGGGUGCUGUGCCUGGGGGUGCUGAGCCUGGAGGUGCCGAGCCUGGGGGUGCUGUGCCUGGGGGUGCUGUGCCUAGGGGUGCUGAGCCUGGGGGUGCUGAGCCUGGGGGUGCUGUGCCUGGGGGUGCUGAGUCUCGCCGGGAGCCACUCUCCCCACAGGAGCUGCGUGAGUGGUUUGCCAGGCGCUGGAGGCGUGCUGCUGGUGCUGGUGGUUCUUCGGCUACAGAGGGUACUGCUGCCGCGCGUCCCGCCGCCUGCCGUUGGCGGUCCGACUGA